AUGGCCGGCUAUAACCCAAUUCAGGACUUUGAGAGUUCACUGGACAGAACGGACGACGACGCGAUUGCUGAUGAUAUUCCAUUACGAGGCCGAAAACUCGGCGAAUCACACAAUGUAUGCGCGGAGGAGAAUGGUAACAACUCAGAUACAGCUCACGAUGUCGAGAACGAGAAACCACCACCUCGAAUCGUGCCAAAAUGGAAGCGAUAUAUGACCUACAGCUCACGCAUCAAGUCAUCUUGCAUCGAAGCUUUACCCAGAUUCUGUCAGCCCGGAGGCCUUCAGAUCAGAGGCAAGCUCCACCCAACGUCCUACUUAGACGCUCUUCGAGGCUAUGCUGCAUUUAUCGUCUACGUCUGUCACAUGGUUACCUUUAACGUGGGGCAACCUCCCUGGCGCCAUCAGCCGUUUACGUCAAUUCUGUUUGCCGGUCCGGGCAUGGUUGCAGUGUUCUACGUCAUUUCUGGCUACGUCUUGAGCUAUAGCCUACUGAGAAACAUCCGCAGGCAGGAGUCAGCCCCGACCCUCGAAGGCCUCGCGUCCUCCACCUUUCGUCGGUAUCUCCGACUCUACGGCUCUACCGUCUUGGCGAUAUUCAUCACAUUGAUCAUGAUUCGUUUGGGCUGGUAUGGGUAUGACUUGUAUAAGCCCGCGAUCAUCGAUCAGAUCAAAGACUGGCUGCUGGAUGUCAUCUUCUUUUGCAACCCUUUCGCUGAUAUAAGAGGGUAUUAUUACAAGGGAGUCCACGAUACUAAAUACCUUGGGACAAUGUGGACUAUCCCUGUAGAGUUCAGGGGCAGUAUUAUAGUAUUCAGCUUCUGUACUGCCGUUUGCAAGCUUAGUACACGAUCAAGAAUGAUCCUGACUUGGAUGAUCAUCCUUCUCGGCUAUCUCUGGAACGCGCUGUACGUGUCUCAAUUUCUUUACGGCGUGUUUCUAGCAGACCUCUCCUUUGGCAGGCAUCCUGAGCGUCUGAUGCGACCCGGGGAUCUUCCAAACACCCGAGUAUUGCCUGUCCAGGGUCAGAGGAAGAUACAGCUCAUUCACGCCAAGGUAUGUUACAGCCUGCUCUUCGUUCUUGCCAUAUUCAUCCUCGGGCAACCGGAUCAAAUCGACCUGGGCAUCUGGGGACAGUUUCCGUGGGGGUUUUUAAAGUCUUUUAUUCCGUGGUACUACUCUUCGGAGUCGGGGCAGUACUGGUAUCUCUCCAUGGGUGCUUUUAUCCUGGUGCUAUCGCUCGAAUCAUAUCCUAUCUUGCAUCGACCCUUGGAAUGGGGAGUCAGCCAGUACAUUGGCGAUUUGAGUUUUGGCAUCUAUGCGCUGCAUCCGCCUUUAUUGUUUGGCUUCUAUCGGACCUGGGAAGAGCCCAUGCGGAAAAGGUAUCUGGGAAAUUCAGUUCUUGCUUACCUCCCAGGUCUGCUUGCCAUGACCUUUUUGGUUUUGGCAAGUGCGGAUUAUUUCGACAGACUAGACAAGAAAGUUGUCAGGCUCGGGAAGUGGCUACAGGGCAGGACUUUCCGGAAGUGGAAAAAUUGA